CCACAGCCAGCUUUCACAGAAUAUCAUCAGCACAUCCACAUUUAGCUAUUUCAUUAAAUCUUCUUCAACCUUCAGUAUUAUACGUAGCUUUCUUAUUACCUGUUAACCGAUUACCACUUCAAGUGAAUAAACAUCUUUAGUUACAGAUCAAGCAAAAAUACAUGGCAGGUUUCGACAGUCAAAGAUGGUCUCUAAAGGGCACGACUGCUCUCGUCACCGGCGGAACCAAAGGCAUCGGAUAUGCCAUUGUGGAAGAGCUGGCAGGACUUGGAGCAACCGUGCAUACCUGUGCCCGUAACGAAGUGCAGAUUCUUGAGAGGCUUCAAGAAUGGGAAAGUAAGGGAUUCAAAGUAACUGGCUCGGUUUGUGACUUAACCUCUAAAGCACAAAGGGAGAACCUCGUCAAAACCGUCUCCUCUAUUUUUGAUGGCAAACUUAACAUUCUUGUAAAUAGUGCUGCGACUUGCACACUUAGAGGAACUACAGAUUACACUUUGGAAGAUUUCUCAAGUAUGAUGGAAACCAAUGUUGAAUCUCCCUACCAUCUUUCUCAACUUGCAAAUCCUCUUUUGAAGGCCUCAGGAAAUGCAAGUAUUGUCUUUGUUGCCUCCAUUGCCGGUGUAGUAGCUCUACCGAAACUCUCUGCCUAUGCAGCAACAAAAAGUGCAGUCAUCCAAAUUUCAAAGAACUUGGCAUGUGAAUGGGCAAAAGACGGCAUUCGUACUAAUGCUGUGGCGCCAUGGGCUGUCAACACCGGAGUUAAAGUUGAAUCUGAUGGUCAUGCUGAUGAUUUCCGACGCCUAAUAGGUCGAACUCCCAUCCGCCGUCUUGCACAGCCUAAUGAAAUUUCAUCUCUCGUCACCUUCCUUUGCCUGCCAGCUGCUUCUUACAUCAAUGGACAAGUUAUUAGUGUUGAUGGAGGAUUUACAGUUAGCGGUUUCUAGCGAACUCAUCUCAUAAAUGCAUAGGCUGCAAAAUAAGCAUCCUGUAUAUGUAUCUGAUCACACAUUAGCCAACAGUCCCAACAGUUCCUUUAUUAUUUCCUCUGGAUAAUAAUCAGUCUAUCCAAUUUAUCGAUUGUAAUUCCACAUUCAUUUGUUAAUAAUAAGCUUCAUGCAAAUUGUCAAAUCCAA